UAUAUUAGAUGUCAAAGGAGCAGAAAAUCCAAAAUUGAAUGAGUUAAGAGAAAAACUAAAGACAAUAGACAAAUAUGUUAUUGAUAAAGACAAGAUGGCGGAACUGUUAUUAAAUGAAAGUAGAGAUUACAGUUUAAACGAAACAAAUUUCUACGAAGCAUUGAAUGAUAAUGAUGGCUUCAGACUAUUACAGAGCGGGGAACCUAAGAAUCUAUAUUUGAAGUUAAAAGAAAAAAUCAAUCGUGAUGAUAUACUUAAAAUCUUUUCCGAUAGAAACUCGGAAAGAAUCAUACAAUCAUAUAGAAGGUCAAUGAAUAUGAAGGAGGAAGUACCUGGACUUGAAGAGGAAUUAAUAGAAGAGGUGGCCGAUAAAAUGUUAGGAGAGAAGCUAACGGAUGAUCAUAAGUUUGAUGACGAUAAUUCAACCAGUAUUUACUGGGAUCCAAAACCAGAGCUAGAAGACCUCAAAGAGUACCACAGCCGUUCUGGCCGACGGAUUUAUAAGGGCGAGCGGACGGUUAUCCAGAAGUACCCCUUCAUGGUCUCCAUACACAUCAUGGGUCGCUUCUGGUGCGGCGGAGUGCUGUAUUGGCAUGAUCUGGUGCUGACGUCCGCGGCUUGUUUGCAACUUAUGCAUAACAAUCGAUUCUUCCGGGAAAACCCUCGCGUGCUCCAGGUGCGCAUAGGCAGCAACCACAGCAGGAUCAGCGGAGAACUUGUCGACGCACAAGAGGUAUACUUCCACCCGACUUACGACCCACGUACACUAGAGGAUAACAUCGCCGUGAUCCGGUUACGAUAUCGUAUCGCCUUCAGCCAUCACCGAGUUCCGAAGAUCAUCGACAUCUCACACUUUGACCACAACCCCGCUGCUUCUGAGGUGCUGAUACUAGGGUGGGGUGUUACUAGGAUGUCCAACCGCCUCGCAUACGAGCCAGUAUUUCUACAACGCAAGUUCCUGCCAGUCUACCCCAACUCUUUCUGCAAGGAAGUCUACGGCGAUAGGUUUAUAAGACAACAGCAAUUCUGUGCUGGCACGAUAACUACAGGGGAAGGAGCUUGUGAUCACGACGCCGGAGGUCCAGCCAUCUUGUCCGGCAAGCUAGUUGGCAUCAUAUCCUUCGGUCCGACGGUCUGUGGGUACGCUAACGCUCCGACUGUCUUCACACUGGUCGGAUCAUACGCAGAUUGGAUCGAGCAAGUCAAUGAUUCGAUGCCAGACUACUAUCGCUUGGUCGUGCGUUCCACAACGCGCGCCGUCAAACUAUCAAACAAGUUCAAGGAGCUGGGCACACCGGUGCCACCUGAAGAGCGGGAGAUACUAUAAACAACUGAGUUUUAUA